CACCUGACCUUCUCAUCUGUAGCAGUUGACACCUCGGCCAUCAAAAUGACGAUCCGACAAAAGCCCCCACCACCCCCGAACAUCGUCUUCAUCAUGGCCGACGACCACGCCUCGAAGGCCAUCUCCUGCUACGGGGCCAACAUCAACCACACGCCGCACCUGGACCGGCUCGCGCACGAAGGCAUGCGCCUCAACCACUGCUACGUGACCAACAGCAUCUGCACGCCGUCGCGCGCGGCGAUCCUGACGGGCACGUACAACCACGUCAACGGGGUGCUGACACUGGCCUCGAAGAUCAACAAACACCUGCCCAACGUGGCCAAGCACCUGCGCAGCAGCGGCGGAUACCAGACGGCGAUGGUGGGGAAAUGGCACCUGGGCGAGGGGAACCCCCACGAGCCCACGGGGUUCGACUACUGGUCCAUCCUGCGGGGCCAGGGCGAGUACUUCGACCCCACGUUCAUCGGGCCCGACACGCCGGCCGCGGGCGUCCCGGAGGAAGGGUACGCGACGGACCUGAUCACGGACAAGAGCAUCGCCUUCAUCCGGAACCGCGACCGCGCGCGCCCGUUCUUCCUCAUGUGCCACCACAAAGCCCCGCACCGCAGCUGGGAGUGCGACCCGCGCCACAAGCACCUGUACCGCGACCGCAUCCGCGUGCCCGCGACCUACUCGGACGAGUACAAGCACCGCGCGCGCGCCGCCCAGACCGCCAAGAUGCGCGUCGCCGAGGACAUGACCUACUUCGAUCUGGGGCUGGCGCAGCCCGACGGCGGCGCGCGGCAGGUCGGGGAGCGCAUGUUCGACGGGCGGCGCAAGGUGCCCGCCCCGGAGACGGAGGAGGCGAUCCGCAACCUCAAGCUGGUGGACGUCGACGACGGCACGGUCUUUACGUUCCAAACGGCCGCCGAGCUAGCCGACUUCAAGUACCAGCGGUACAUGCAGCGGUACCUGCGCACGAUCCACAGCGUCGACGAGAACGUGGGCCGGCUGCUGGAUGCGCUGGACGCCGAGCCCGGGCUGGCCGAGAACACGGUCGUGGUGUACACCUCGGACCAGGGGUUCUUCCUCGGGGAGCACGGCUGGUUCGACAAGCGCUUCAUGUACGAGGAGAGCUUCCAGAUGCCGUUCUUGGUGCGGUACCCGCGCGAGAUCGCGCCGGGCUCGGUCGGCGAGGACAUCGUCUGUAACGUCGACUUCGCGCCGACGUUUCUGGACUUCGCGCGCGUGGCGCAGCCGAGUUACAUGCAGGGCAAGAGCUUUCGGGCGGUGCUGCGGGGCAGUCCGCCGGCCGGGUGGCAGCAGGUCGCGUACCAUCGGUAUUGGAUGCAUAAUGAUGCCAUCCAUGAGGCGUAUGCCCAUUAUGGGGUCCGCGAUCAGCGGUAUAAGCUGAUUUACUGGUACAAUGAGCCGUUGGAUGUGGAGGGGGCCAGGCCCGGCGGGGAGGAGUAUAAGGAGUGGGAGCUGUUUGAUUGUCUGGAGGAUCCCUUGGAGCUGUUUAAUAUCUAUCAUGAACCGGAGUAUCGGGAGGUGGUGGGGAGGAUGACACGGCUGUUGGAGGCGAAGAUGGAGGAGAUUGGCGACGAGCCCGAGCAUAAACUGAGAAGCAGGUGA